AUCAUCGUUCUUUCUUUCCGAGCUUGCCUCUUGUGAAGAACGUGGUAGCCAGUGGUAACAAAACUAUAAGAUCCUGGUGAAAAAUAUUGCUAAAGAAAUGUUCUCCGGGUAUAGAAGUUCAUAUAAAAUAUUAACAAAAUGUCCAUAGCAAGUGAACCCGUCGAGAUGGAUGAAGAUGAAGUGGCGUUUACCAAAGCCCGUGAGUUGACCGACGAAGAAAAGCUAAAACUAACCCAACAAGACACGCGACUUGUGAGUUCUUUUAAAGCAAAUAAGUUAGAAAUAGAUUCCAAAAAGAACUGGGAUUUGUUCUAUAAACGAAAUGAUACCAGGUUCUUUAAAAACCGGCAUUGGACUACACGUGAAUUUGAAGAAUUACUGGAUGAUAAAUCCGAGCACGGUACGCCAAAGAAAAUGCUAGAAAUAGGAUGUGGCGUUGGUAAUUUAAUAUACCCCUUGAUUAAAGAUAAGUUAAAUAAGUAUUUUAUAUAUGCUUGUGAUUUAUCUGAAAGAGCAGUCGAUUUGGUGAAAUCAAAUUCCUUGUAUGAUGAAAAUAUAAUGAAGGCUUUUCAAUGCGACAUAACCAAGAAUGAUAUUUUCCAGUAUUUGGAAAAUAAUUCUAUAGACAUAGUUACUGCAGUUUUUGUUUUAUCAGCGAUACACCCAGAUAAGUUCAGCACAACACUGCAAAAUAUUUUUAAUAUAUUGAAACCAGGAGGUGUAUUGUUGUUUCGAGAUUAUGGAUUGUAUGAUAUGGCUCAAUUGAGGUUCAAACCUGGAAAUAAAAUAGCUGAUAACUUUUAUGUACGGCAGGAUGGUACUAGGUCAUUCUAUUUUUCUACCGAGUACCUUGAAAUCCUUUUGAGAUCAGCAGGAUUUAACAUCAUUUCGAACACAUAUAUUCAUAGACGUACUGUGAAUAUCAAAAGCAACAUUGAUGUUCCUAGAAUAUUUGUUCAGGGCAAAUACAUGAAGCCUUACAGUUGAUACAGAAUCUGAAUGAGUCUUUGGAAAUUAACCUGGCUGAUAUCAAAAUUAUUAAUUUGAACAGAAUUUCUGAAAGAAUGCUUCAUAAACGGUUUUAUCUUUUAUGGGAAUAUUCGGCUUUAUUAUCAAAUUAUAAUUAAAAUUAGUCAGUAGCUGCAAAACUAAAAGAAAUAUUAGGAUCAUUUGAUCUGAUGAGAAAACCAGGCAGACUUUCUUGUCUCAACUAAGCAAGUAUGAUUGAAAUUACUCAGAGGCUACAAAACUAAGAAUUAUCAUCAUGAUAUUUCAAUCCGAUGUAAAAGCCAUGCAGACUUUCAUGUGCUGAAAUAAGCAAGUAUGGCUGCAAUUACUCAAUGGCUAGAAAACUGAGAACUAUCAUGUUAAUUGAAUCCGAUGUAAAAACACAUGCAGACUUUCAUGUGCUUUACUGAGCAAGAUUCAUUGCAUGAAUCUGGUGAUGCUGAU